AGAAAGAAUUGUAUCAUUCAAUUAAAACAAACAAUGGAUUCAAAGGGUGUUUCCUAUGAUAAGAAGGAAUCAAAAGACGCGACCAAUUCUGAUGACUCGAAAGAAUUAAAGUUAAGAAAAGGCGAAACACCCGAAGGUAUUGAAGAGAAAUGUUUGCAAUUAUGCAAAGAGUAUUUGUCGGGCGUUUGGACACAACAAACGGUCGAUACAAUCAGUUUCCGAAGAAUCAGUGGAGGAAUGACUAAUCAGUUAUACUAUUGCGGUCUUAAAGCCGACACCGAUGUCAGUGGUAAUGAUGUAAAAGAAGUGGUGAUUAGGCUCUAUGGCACCAAAUUUUCAAAACUUUUUAUCGAAAUGAGCGAUAACUAUAAGAACGAGAGGUUAAGUGAUGUGAUCACCACUCUUAUGGUGUCAGACAAUAAAUUGGGGCCAAAGAUAUUGGGACUCUUUGAAAACGGACAGAUCCAGCAAUUCAUUGAGAACCGACAUUUUAAAGUCCCGGAGCAAAAGGACCCGCAAUUGAGCGCACAGUUGUUUAAGAAGAUGGCGGGCUUUCACGCCAUGGAUGUGCCCAUCAAGAGAACCAACAGCUGGUUAUACGAUAACUUCUUUGACAACUUCUACGACAGAGCCUUCAAAGACGGCUCAUUUGAUUUGUGCGAUGAACUCAAGUGCGAGACAUUGAAUGCACGGGAUUUGCAGACAGAGAUCCAAUGGCUUAAGGCGGCCAUCAAUGCCAUCGGCAGUCCAAUUGUCUUCUCGCACAACGAUCUCAAAGGCUAUAAUAUAAUGGUUACAAAAGUCAAUAACAAAGAGGGGGUAAUGCUAUGCGAUUUUGAGUACUCGUGUUACUCAUACCGGGGCUAUGACUUUGGCACUGUAUUUGCGGAAUGGGACCAUCAUGAUUAUACUAAACUUCAUGACUUUCCCGAUGAUAGUGUGAUCGAGACAUUGGUUGGCCAUUAUAUCGACGAAUCGGUGGCUAUUUUGGGGUCAAAAUAUGCGGACAAUAAAAUCAAUUCAGUUCAACAGUUGAUGAAAGAGGUGAAACUGUUUACUCUGGUCUCCAAUAUGGUUAGCGUGAUGUUUGGCAUACAGAAUCACCAAGGUGAUGCCGCUAUACAAAAGGAUGGAAAUAGAAUGAUGAGUAGAAAUGUUUCAAAUAAAUCAGAAGAGAUUGAAAGUGUGGAAGAGUUUAAUUGGGAUAAAAUGGCAAAAGUGAAAAGUGAAACACCACCACAUAUGAGGGAUAAGUGUUUGAAGUUUUGCAAAGACUAUUUGGCCGACAAUUGGACCAAACAAACAGUGGACACAAUUGAAUGCAAACGACUGAGCGGUGGUAUGACUAAUCAGCUCUAUUAUGUAGCCAUUCGGGAGCCAUCGUUCACGAGUAUAGCCCCUCAAGAGGUGGUCAUAAGGAUAUAUGGGAGCAAACAUUUCAAUAAUUUAGACAAUACUAGUGAUGAGAGACUCACAGAUGUUAUCAUUGCUCUAAUGGUCGGCGAUAUUAAUUUAGGGCCAAAGAUAUACGGAGUUUGUGAAUGGGGACAGAUUUUACAUUAUUAUAAGAAACACGACCUGAAGGCAGAGCUUGAAUGGAUGAAGAGUACAGCCAUCGGAUCCAAGAGUCCGAUAGUAUUCUCUCACAUCGACUUCAGAGGAAGCAAUAUAAUGGUCACCGAACCCAACGAUGAGAUAAUUCUAUGCGAUUUGGAGUAUUCCGGGUAUGGGUUCAGGGGUUUUGAUUUCGGCACUAUAUUACUCGAGUGGGGCCGAGGCAUGAGUGCUAUCAACUCAUCACAUAAAUACGCCGACGAUAUCAUAUUAGAGCCCCUCAUAAAGGCAUACAUCGAAGAAUCCGUACAUAUAUUUGGCGAAAAGUUUGCCAAAAAUGAAUUCAAUUCUUACGAUCACAUCCUAAUGGAAGCGAAAGUGUUUAGUUUGGCGGCCAGUCUUUGGAUUGUAUUGUUUUGCUUAAGAAAUGAUGAAAAGAGCGAAACAGCACUUCCAGUUAAUUCAAUGGACACUCGAGUGGAGAGAAAAUUGUCGAUAGAAUUGAUACCAGAAGUGAAAGGUUUGAAAGACGUUAAGACUUUGGAUGACUUGGAUUUCGGAAAGUUAGAGCUCACAAGAGGUGACACUCCCGACGAUAUCAAACAGACAUGUCUUCAGUUGUGUAAAGACUAUUUGGGAGACAAAUGGACUCAACAAACGGCGGACAGCAUUGACUUUAAACGACUGGCCGGCGGUCUAACCAAUCAAUUGUAUUACUGCGCGAUCAGUAAGCCCUCAGUGGCCAGCGAUGAACCGCAUGAAGUGGUCAUUAGAAUAUACGGACCAAAACAUUUCAACAAUAAGGACCAUGGUGGCAAUGAAAGGUUAACUGAUGUUAUUAACACAUUAUUGGUUUCUGAGCAAAAAUUGGGCCCAAAAGUGUACGGCCUGUUUGAAAGCGGACAGAUUCUGGGUUAUUAUAAACACCGGCAAUUUCGUCUGGAGGAACAGUCAAAGCCAGAACUGGUCGCUCAGGUAUUCAAAAAGUUGGCUCAAAUUCACGCCAUGAAAGUUCCCAUUAAAAUGAGUCACAACUGGCUGUUUGACGAUUACGAGCGCUUCUACCAAAUGGGUUACGAAAAGUUUCCCAUCAAUGAUAUGAUCGCUGAACUCAAUCUCCAGACAUUCAAGAAAUACGNAUUUGUCUCACAUCUCAAGACAUUGACAAUACCUUUGCAUUGA